CAUAUUUUUAGUUCACAUCUUUGGGAUCGGCACCCCAAAAGGCUGCCCGCUUACUCUUGAAGCAUCUAUGCAGGGCCAAGUCGUUCUCCAGGGGGAGAUCGUGGCCGCGGAGGCGCCGCCCCAGCCAUACGCCGCGGAGGCGCCGCCCCAGCAGCCAUACGCCGCGGAGGCGCCGCCCCAGCAAUACGCCACGGAGGCGCUGCCCCAGCAGCCAUACGCCACGGCCCAACCAGUAUAUGUGCAGCCACAGCCUGUAUACUCUCAGCCCGCACCAGUCGUCAUGCCACCGGCCGCACCGCAGACCGUUCAGGUCCAGAUUCCGGCCGGCAUGAUGCCCGGUUCAGUUUUCGACGUACAAGCGAACGGCCACAGGAUACGGGUGACGGUUCCCGCGGGUGGCAGCACAAGAUACCAUGCGAUUGCUGGGCCUGCUGUGUCGCCGGGCCCACGUACUUCACCAUCAAAUACUGGCCGCCCGGCGGGCAGCCCGGCGGAGGGGGGCGUUGGUAGCCCAUCAUGCCCGGCAUCAUCAUGCCCGGCUGCAUCAUCAUGCCCGGCUGCAUCAUCACCGGCUGAGAGAACUGCGGUGCGGCAGGCGGCAUCACGACUGGUGAUACUGGUUGGGCCUGGAGCGGCGCCUCACCCUCCUCCUCCCACCAGUUUUGCUUGCCAGUGUUCGGGUCAAACUUCGGAAUGGGCUGCCCCGUGCUGGCAUCGAACCGCGGCCCAGUAGGCUUGUCUGACAUCGUGCUGUGUGCCUCUCCCAUAUCAUGAUAUCAGAUGAUAUCAUAAUGCUAGCUUGCUGUAAGACACUAGGAACAA